AUCAAAUAAUAAGAAUUAAUAUCGAUAUUCUUCGAUCACGUAGACAGGACUCUUUAAUUAUACAAUUUAGCGGUAUUCAAUGGUUGUUUUAAAUGACAAACCGACUAUUGAAUCUUUGAACAAUUGUUAUUGAAAGAACAUCAAAAACACAAUUCUCAUUUAUAAUAAUUCAGAUCUUCACUCCAUCAAAAGAUUAUAAAAUUCAUAAAGCAAGCUGCCGGCCAUAAUGAUUUAUGAAAAUGGCAUAAUUAAUAGUCCAUUUCAUGGAAUAGAGAUGAAUAAAUCGUAUGCCAACAAGUUCGCAUCACUUUCAAAAUUUCAUAUACUAUUACAAUUUCUAUCAUUGGAAAUGACGAAAUAAAUGUGUAACAUAUAUAUAUAUAUGUUGGUGGACUGACCAAAGUAUUGAAGAGAAAUUAAUUAAUGGAGAAUAAACUUAAGGACUUGGGUGGUUCUGUUCCAGUUGAGAAUGUUCAGGCUCUUUCUUCCAACAACUUAAGAGAACUGCCGAUCAGAUAUAUAAGGCCAGAGCUCGAAUUCGGCGAGCUUUCGACGGAUGAAUCUCUCCAAAUACCGAUCAUCGAUAUGAGCAAGCUCGAGGAAGAUCAGUCACAUGAGUUGGCUCAGCUGCAUAUGGCAUGUAAAAACUGGGGCUUCUUUCAGUUGAUAAAUCAUGGGGUGGAAAGAAAAGUGAUAAAGAAUAUGAAGAAGUACAUUGAAGAAUUCUUUAGAUUGCCAUUAGAGGAGAAGAUGGUGUUUGGUCAAAUACCAAAUAAUAUUGAAGGAUAUGGUCAAGCUUUUGUUGUUUCUGAUGACCAAAAGCUUGAUUGGGGUGACAUGCUCUUCCUUAUUUCCCUUCCUACAUUCCAAAGAAAUCUUAGAUUUUGGCCUACCACUCCUAAAUCAUUUAGGGCAAGUAUUGAAAAGUAUUCAUUUGAACUACAAAGAGUUGCAGUAUGCAUUCUGAAAUUGAUGGCCAAGAACUUAGGAGUUGAUCCCCAAAAUAUUGGGAGCAUGUAUGAAGAUGGUGUACAAGGAAUAAGAAUGAAUUAUUAUCCACCAUGCAGUCAGCCCAACAAGGUUAUGGGCCUCACAACACAUUCUGAUGCCACUGGAUUAACCUUGUUAACUCAACUAAAUGAAAUCCAAGGAUUACAAAUCAAGAAUAAUGGUAAAUGGGUACCCAUCAAACCCAUUCCAGGUGCAUUCAUAGUCAAUGUUGGGGACAUCAUUGAGAUAAUGAGCAAUGGGGAGUAUAAGAGCAUUGAGCACAGAGCUGUUGUGAAUGCAGAAAAGGAACGCCUUUCAAUUGCAGCAUUUCACAGUCCAAAUAUGAACACCAUUAUAGGACCUUUGGAAGAGCUUGUGAAGAACAAUAAAGGCAAUUACAAGUCGAUAACACAUGAACAAUUUGUUAGGUUUGUUGUGAGCACCAAACUUGAUGGUAAGAGCUUAGUGCGAAGAAUGAAGUUCGAAAGCAAUGAAAAUUCACUGACGGAAUCAUGAUUUCUCUUUUCGACGUCCACGUCGUUUUUAUUUCGCUGGUUUUCUCGACGUUGUUUUUAUUCCAUUGGUUUCCUCGGCAAUUUUUUUUUCCUGGGGUGUUUAGUUCAGUUUUUCGGUGGACGUUUUAGUUUUUGCUUUUCAAACAGCUCCACUAAGGCGUUUGGUGGGAUUUUUUUAAGAGUUUUUUUAACCUCAAAGUUGCUGUUGGAAAAGCUCUAUUUUAGAGUUUUUUGCCAACAUCUAAUAAUUGUUUCAAUAUUUUCAAAUAUUUAAAUAAAAUUACUCCUAGUAGGAUAUAUCGUUUCUUUAAA